AUGACUGAACUCAAGAACAUGAUGGCUCAAGUUCUUAAGGGACAGCUCAAGCAUAUCAAUGCAAUAGAAGGGAUGAGUGAUGCUAAUGAAGACCCAUCAAGAGAAUGCAUGGGAGAUUUCUCUAAUGAAGCCAAUGAAGAAGAUGUGAACUACAUUGGAAACUAUGGGAACAAGGGAUACAAUCCAAGCUAUCGCCCAAACCCCAACAUGUCUUAUAGAAACCCCAAUGUGGAGAAUCCUCAAGACCAAGUGUAUCCUCCAAGGUAUCCACAACAACAAAGACCUCCUUACCAAUCUCAAGGAAGUCAAUUUCAGCCAAGGCAAGGAUAUGAGCAGAGAUCAUCAUAUCCGCCCAAGGAGCCAUAUGCUUCUUCACCAAAUCAAGCUCCUCCAAACCAACAAGGUGGAAGAUUUGAAGGAAUCCUCCAACAGAUCAUGGAUGGCCAGAAAAGGAAUAGCAAAGAGAUGUAUGAGAAGAUGGACACUUUGUUCAGCAAUCUCAACACCAAGUAUGAUGCUGUUGCCACUCAUGUGAAGAAACUAGAGACUCAAGUCACCCAAACUAUGGAAGCUGUUAAGAGACAGGAAGCUGAAUCCAAGAAGUCCUUUUGCAACUCAGCCGCCAUAGAAGAAAGAUUUGAAGAUCAAGUUCCAGAAUGGAUGCUUUCAAAACCUACUGUUGAUUGCAUGAUUUGGCCUGAAGAGAAUUACCCAGAGAGAGAGUCCAAUCGAGCUAGAAAGAGAAGACUCUUUCCAAAGAUUAUCCCCAAGACUGAUAACUCAGGAAAGUUUGAUCUGUGCCUUGUAUCAUCAAAGAUUGGAAAUUGCUCUAUCCCUACCGACUUUCAGAUUGUGGAAAUGAGAGAGAGUAGCCAUAGACCUCUCAUAUUUGGAACCCCUUUCCUGUCUACUGUGGGUGCCAUAUUUGAUUUCCCCAAUCAAAGAAUCUCUUUCAACAAGGUGAACAAGGGUAUGUUCUUCCCUAUGUGUUCAACAAGAAACUCUUUUGUUGACAUGGUCCAAGAGGAGAAAAGUGCUCUGAAGUCGCUAGAGCAAUACCCUUUCCUUCCUUUUCCUUUCUCCUCCUUUCAGCUUCGGCGACCACGUUCGCCCAAGUUUCCCUACUUAGGUCACCAUACAAAGGAAUCAUCGAAGCAAGGUAAAGUUCUCAAAUACUCUACCCGGCUCUUGAGUCCAUUCUGUCAAAACGUGGUUGGGAUCGAAAUCUCCGACCGAAGCACGGUCGAUCUUGACAAAGAAGUAGUAGCGCGUCCAAUGAUGAAUCUUUGUCCGAUAAUCACCAAAAACGAUGUCGUGUUUCAUCGACGUGUGGAAGCGCUUAAAAUUCCCUUCCUUAACCCCGACACGAAGCUGACUCAAUGCAAUGCCUCACUCGUAUGCAUAUUCGAGGAGAAAUGGAAGGACGGGGAAACGUAUUCCAAAUUCCGUAAGGAAGCAUUUGUAGAUGCAAAACCAUCCGGAUGGAGCAUUCAUCGGCUUCUGGUCCGGCGAAGGGAUGAGAAUCUGAACAGCAUCACUGAUCCCUACCCUCUCCCUCAGAGCAUUGACAAUCUCCUAGGUCCUUUUGAAGCACUUUGGAGUAUUUGGGACGUGAGGAGCAAGGAAGGAUUUAGCUCAACCGGACAUGUUUGGGACGAAGGAAAAAGCCAUCUUGAAGUCAGCUCCACCAUCUACUCGACCAACCGGUCGAGUUUCUCAACUCGACCGGCCAAGUUCCAACUCGAUCGAGCUGAGGAGUCAACAGUCAAACCCGAAAAAUGUUGCUUCCCCUUUAACUUCCCUUUGACCCUAAACCUAAUCCCUCUUGUCAAAAUAGCAAAGAAGAGUCAAAAUGGAGCAAAAGAGUCAAAUCACCAAGUUCCCAAGUCUAGAGCACCAAAUCUACAUUUCUCGCUAAAGACCAAACCGGAGCAUCCGAAGUACGACCGCAUAUUCAUGCCUUCCCGACGUCCAAAAGUCAUGAUUCUUAUAUGGAAAGAUAGAUAUUUGAGUCAUGACCCGCGGCGAAGUGGAAAGAGGUCAUUUGGAUCACUCGUUGGACCGGAACUUAUUUUCUACCAAGACAUGUCCGACGAGCGCCUAAGUAGAGCCCAUGGAGACUUUGAUGGAUCAAGAGGCCCGAGAUACCGCGCCCAAGGCCUUGGCUCAUCUUGA